UCACACCGGUGAUGGCGUCUUCAACAAAUUAUCAGCAAUUUUGCUGAAUGAAAACGGGAAUUUAAAGGGCGCAUAAAUUAACUAGGAAAACCAACUAAGUGCUUGUUCCGCGCCAGGAAUUGUCCUCGUAAGAAGGAGCCACUUAACUGAUCGCAAACGAGACAAUUUCACUAAAAGAAACCGUUUGGCAAACGUGUGUGGUUAAGCCAUUGCCAUUUCCGUGGGAAAAUAGCGACGAGCGGCAUUUUUCGAUUAUGGACAUUUUUGAUAUGGUAAAAGCGGCACCGCCGCCUGAAACUAUAAAUCCGGUGGACAGAAAGAUAUCCACACCAUCGCCGAUUCCGCCCGAUUCUCCAUACAGCACAAUGGGUUUGUUGGAGACUGCGAAUCAAUCGAACGAUGAUGAUUUGGAAAAGUAUUCGGACGAUUCAAUCUGUCAAAUAUCCAGACGAAGUUCAAGCGAUACAACCUUAAAUAGAGACGAGUCGCCAUUCAAAAUGCCUAGGAAGAUUAAAAAAUUAGAAAAAGCCGGGAAAACCGAAAAAGCCGGGAAAACCGAGAAAGCAGUGAAAACCGGAAAAGCCGAAGAAAUAGACAAAGGUCUUGAAGAUUUAAUCAAACCCGAUGAGGAACAGAAAGAAUCUGUUUCGAAUAAUCUAGGAGAAGCCGAGCAAUCCGACAAGGCCAACUCUAAAUCGAAGAAAACCACAGUGGCGAAUAAGGCAUCCAAUUCGAACUCCAUAAAACCGCAAAGGAAGAGACCAGCUAAGACUACUCUGGAUGAAGAGAUCUCGGACAAAUCUGACGAUGAUAACCAAUUAACCGCCAAGCCAACAAAGACGAAGGCCGAGCAGAAGAUGUUCAGCGAUCAGGCUAAGUUUGUGGUGCGUGUUCGUCGCUUGACCCAGGGGGAAAUCGAUUCGGCAUUUAAAUCUGUAUCAAAUUCACCAUUUGCCCCAGCGAAAAAUUCGUCUCGACCGGCUGGCAAUAAGUUGCGUACAAGGGCCAAAAGGAACGUACCAUCGCCGCCCAAAAAGCAAAAGUCACCGGCUCAAAAUAAUUUCCACAUUAAAGUUCCUCUACAAAAUGGCGCCAAGAAACGGGCUGUUAAUCACAUGACCCGCACGCACACGCCUCCGCCCAGUUUGGCCAAGAGAUCAUUGAAAAAACAGACCUCGUCACCAGAGAAGCCAAAAUCGAAGACGAGUCCCAAGCCCACAACGAUUGUACAACGUCAGACCACCCAGGCUUUGAUCAAGCGUUUUGGCGCUCGUUACUUUGGGUGUGUGGUAAAGGUCAAGAGGACACCUUGGUCGGGCAAGUGGCCAGAGUAUAGCCCAAGGCCUAUUGGCGGGGCCAAAAAGAGACGGCCAAAGAAAACCAAUCUGUCUGUGUCAUUUAGCGAAGCCGUCGAGAUUUUGGGCAGCAACGAGAGCAACACAUCUCGACGUUCUACUUUUGGUUCGAUUUCGACAAGAACUCCGAAACCCACACGCCUGCAACGAGUUGAUGCCACGGGCAAUGUGCUGGAGGACAUAGCACUGACCUCUACACCGCUCUAUUCUUCACCCGCUGGCCCCUCGACAUCCACCAGCUCCCGAGAGAAAGGCAAGCGCCGUUCCUGCAACGGAUCGCCUGUCGCGCGUCUCAAGCGCCCACGGCAACAGUUGCCGCUCUCAAGUUUGGCCAGCCUCCGUCUGGACGACAGCCCUAAGUCUGAUGAAGAUGUAGAUGAGGAAUACAUAGUGCCCAAUGAACUGCCCGGAGCUCCGAGAUCUGGAACGCCGCCUACCAGUAAAAAGAAGAUAUCCUUCACCACAACCAUCAGCGACGAUGAGGAUGAAAAGCCGGCGCCAAAAAAGUCGAAGGAGGCUCCAAAGGCGCCGAAGCCUCAGAAAGAAGUCUCAAAUAAGAAUAUGGAUAAAUCGCUGAAAGGAAAAGCGAAAGCUGACAAACCGAACAAGGAAAAGGAGAAAAAUCAGGAAAUGUCAAAUGAGACUGUUAAGGAAAUAGUUCCUUUAGCCACAGAUAAUUCUAAUGACGCCGAUAAAGAGGAAGUCAAGCCAACAGAAGAGGACGCCCAAUUAAAAGAGGAAGAGAAGAGAGACAACGAUGCUGAAGCAAGUGAACUAGAAAGAGAUGGAGAAUCAGAAGAAAAAUCUGCAGAUGCUGAAGAGGAAAAACCAGAUGAAAGUGCUGGUGAUCACCAAAAGGAACAAAUUGGAGAUAGUUUAGUGAAAGACAAGGAGGAAAAUGCAGGAGAUGCUCAAGAAGAAGUUCAGCAAGAGAAAACCGAAGAAAUUCUGGAUGAAAUCCCGGAAGAAACCACUGAAAACCUCAAUAAAUCUCCAGAAAAACCCACAGUCGAAGAUAAGAUUGUAGAAAUUGACGAUGAUGAAGAGCAGGUUGAGGCUGAGGGUGAGAUUACCGAUUUGACAGCCUCGCCAAAAGUCCCGUCCACCACUGAUGAGAACCAAGAAGAUGAUGUUCUAGAGAUUCAGACAUCCUUGGAUGAUGUCCGUCAGCUGCAAACGCCCCCAUCCCGCCUCAGUACACCAAAGCCGCGCAUUCGCAUUGAUUCUGGUGAUUCCGAAUGCAGCUUUAAGUCCGCCAGUGAUAAUGCCAAAGCAACUGCACCAGUCAUUGAAAUUGUCGAGGACGAUGAUGGAAAUGAGGCAGAGGCAGAGAAGCCAACAGAAACUGCUGUAGAACAACCCUCAGCUACCAUCAACGAAGAUACCCUCGAUCCCGCUGAACUUCCUGCUGGUCUUAUCACCCCGCCACUGGCACCUAGGACAACGAAUGGCAGCAAUCCCACAAGCGGAUCCAGUGAAUCGGUGCCAUUUUACCCGACCAUGGACUCCAUGCCGACGCUGGAUGACGAGGUUCUUGGCCAGCUAGAUGAUUAAAGAAAGUAAAGAAGCUUAAAUUUUUCAAGACACUAAAAACCCGAUUUCCAGUUAAACUCGAGGGGAACUCUGGACGAAAUAAUGACUGCUCUAGAAUCCUAGGAAGCUGAAUAAGAUGCUGGCUGAGAAGCUUGCAUCUCAAGUACUCAGAGAAAUACAUAUGUAUACCCCCCACACACACUCACACACAAGCACACACAUAGGCAUAGAAAUGUGUUAAAGAGGUUGAUGAUUAAGGACCGCUGAUGUUCUUAACUUUCUUUUGGAUCUUUUCAUUUCUUUACCUCUUAUUAUCAAAAACUAAUUUUUUGAUUACUAUUUAAAGACACUUUCAUCUCGUAAUCGUCAUCUUUUUAAAAAGAAAAGAAAAUCCAAAAUUGCGAACAAGAUACGUUGCUGAUCUAGUCAGCUAAACUGGGCUAGCAACACCAACAAAAAACACUUACAUAAGAACAGAACACAGAAAAAACAGUAAACAAAAUUGAAAAGUAAAAUUAUUUAGUAAGAACUAUUAGAUUGAGAAAUGUAAGAACAAAGAUGAGAGAUAUUUUCUAAUGUAUUUUCAAUGUUUAUGUUGCUAAAACGAAUCGUUAUGUUAGUUAUACGAUAAAAACAAAAAGGAACGUACGUUUAUUGUUCAGUUUUCAUAAACCUUUUUUUGACAACAUAGAUUUUUUAAGAAGAACGCAUUAAUGCACAUUAAAUAUAAACAAAAUGAUAUAUUUAAGCGUAUAUCAUCUUAAAUUAGUUGUAAAUUCAAUGUAUUAAUGAACAAAUUAAUAUGUAUGUAUGUAAAAAGAGAAACAAAGCGAAAUGGA